CUUUCUAUAACGUCGUGAUUUUAAUUGUGAUGAUUCCGUUGGAAGUGCAGCGUGUGGUCGUCCACAGCUGCGGGACGGACGGGCUAAUGCACGGCAUCCAUCAACAAUCGCAAACAUCUAUUUAUUAAGUAGAUACCGUGUUUACCGGAACUCUGCAUCAAUGAGUAUCGACUCUGAUGAUCGUGGUUUGGGUAAUUGCUAUUAGCGGGACCCCAAUACUGCAUCAUCUGAUUGAAUAAUAUGCAAGGGAUUGUUUAAGCAUUCAUUUGAAUAUUAAUACAGUCAGGAGCACACUAGGUUGAGAGGAGUUGAGAGUAGUGCAGCGUGCGUAGAGUGACCGACGUGUAUUUCCACAUUGGUCACGAUGGAAGGAGCAUAUGAUCGUGUUAAACUUCACCAAUGGAUUGUGAACUCCUUCUUUAAAUGCAAACCGUUAUGCAUGGCCUUAGGACAGGGAAAUCGCUUCAUGGAUUGAACGUCGAGUGUAUGGAAUGCUGUAUCCAAUCUCACCAAUCGCACACUUAUCGUUGCAUUUGAUUUUCAUAGUGUUGCAACUUGCUUGAAAACAAUCGUGAUGAGAAGACAUCUGUCAUUUGUUUUUCAGUGAGUGGGUUUACACAUCUGCUGGAGGCACAUUUGGUAUGACGGGCGCUCUUUCCUUUACAUGUAAUUAUCAUAGUGUUGCAAGCUGUCUGAAACAUUAGUACAUCGGCAAGUUUCUUUUGGAGAGGGAGACUUUAUAUACAUCUGCUGAAGUCAACUUCGAGAUGACGGGCAAACUGUCCUUUACAUGUAAACUAUCAUUUUAGUACGUCUACUGGAUGGGGAGUCACCUUCGGUGUAUGAUUGGGAAGGCAUGAUUUGUGGUUGCUACGGUUUCCAUGAUCAACAUUUUGGUUUGAGGACAUUGCGAUGUUACAACGCAACCAGCUUCAUAAAUCAUUGGUGAGCUGCUUUGAUUCCAAAUUAUCUCCUGACUCAUAGUGUAAUAAUAUUGAGUCUCCAUCAAACUGCGUAGCAACUUUGGAAUAUUUUGUCAGCCGUGUAUCAAAGUUCGAAAUCGAAUUCUGUCUGGAGUGGAAUUGGAUUGUAAUUUAUAGAGAGAGUCGGCCACUGUGAGUAUAAUACCCGCAUGUCAUGAACACAGAUGCUACUUUUGAUUUGGGCAAGUGGAGUAAAGUGGGGGUUGUUCACCAAAUUAUAUAAAAUAUUUGUGAAAACCUGAAUACCAUUUUGGUCAUCGACUGCAGAUAAUAAUAAUAACAAUAACAACAAGUAAGACUUGUGAAGCGCAUUUUUCCAGAGAUACAAACAUGCGCUGCUGAAGAAAACUACGAUAAUCAGCUUUCAAUUGCUGCUGUACAAUAUUCCAUUGGAACGUGGAAUGUCCGCAGUGCUGUGAUGUUAGGUUGCGUUUUUGUUCCACAUUGAAGCAGAAAUCAUAGGAACUUAGUUCUGGAUUAUUUGCGAAACCUGGAUAUCAUUUUGCUAAUCGAGUGCGGGUUGAAACAGUUUUCAAUCGCUGCUGUACAUUAUUCGAUUGGAACGCGGAAAUGUCCGCAGAACUGUGGUGUAAGGUAGCGUUUUUGUUCCAGCAACAAUCAUGGGAACUUAGUUCUGGAUUGCCGUGUAAACAGGAAUAAAGGAGAAAUAUCACAAGAUAUUUUUUGAUUGCAAAGGUCUCUUCUCAUUGGAAUACCAUGCUCCACAUGCCGUCCGUACGCGACCGUUAUCGCCGGAGCAGCCUCGGGCAGGUCUCCGGCGGUGUGGCGAUCCACGACGCCGUAGUCAAGGGGAAGAUCCACCUCGCGAAGUUCAUUCUGGACGCCGUGGACAGCCACACCGUGGUCAACUCCCGCGACACCCACGGCAAGACGCCGUUGAUCCGGGCCGUCAGAAUCGACGAGCCUGGUGUCCGUGCCAAGGCCGUGGAUCUCCUCCUCAAAUACCAGGCCGACGUGAACCUGGCCGACAACGUCGGCAGGACGGCGCUGAGCUACGCCUGUGAGCACAAGUGCAACGACGUCAUCAAGAAGUUGGUCAAGAACAACGUUGACCCCAACUUGCCGGAUAAGAACGGCAACACGCCGUUGAUGUACUGCGCAAUGAAUGAUAACACGGAUGGUAUUGAGCUCCUCUCGAAGUCGUUUCGACGUCUUGGAUUAGACGUUGAUAAGAUGAACGCUGAGGGGAUGACGCCCCUAAUGGUUGCCGCAAGGAAUGGCUAUGCUGCGUGCGCGCAGCUUCUAGCCCAGAAGGCCAAGGCGUGCUUAUACACACGGGAUAACGUUCAUAACAUGACUGCUAUCGAUUGGGCCAGGGAGGCGGGUUGCUCCACCCCGGACGUGGAAGCGAUCCAAGCACGUCCUCGCACCGCUACGCAAGGCUCACUACACGACUUGGCUGAGGGGCAGGACUCCCAAAGAAUGCUACCAAAGCGGGAUCCCAUCAGUCCAAACAGGAACAAGAAGAGUGAGUUUUCCUCGAUGGUAGCUCUCCCGUCUGGCGACUCAGACGGGUCCACAAGCUCAGAAUCCACGAGUGUGGCGUCAUCAUCAUGCACCCACACGCACACCGGUAGUAUGCAGAACAUCAAACAAUGCAAUCACAUGAGCCUGGAGGGCCUGUCCAAGAGAAUCCAAGGUCUAGGUCAAAGAUCAUCCUCGGAGGACACCGGUUCUCCUAAGUAUGGACGUGCGGAUUCACAAAGUCCAGAAACUCCCGAAAAAGAGUUGGUCUUUGGUGGACAGAAGGCUCAUCAACCAACUCGGCUCUCUGACUCCCAGCCCAAGCUGACCAUUGGUAGCACGGAUGUACCAUCGCAUUACGAGAGAAACCAUAAUGUAUACAAGCACGUGCAUCACCCAAUCGCUUCGAACCACUCCAGUAGACGUCCCAUGUCAGCCAAUGUCACGAACCGAGCAAGCACAUUCAGCAAGAGCUUCGACAGUGUCCUGUCGACCAGACUGUCUACGUCUUCAGACACUCUCCACCUACUGACCGUCACCCAACCCUUAGUACCCCACCCUCCAACAACAGCCAAAGAGGUCAGUAAUCUAUCCAAACUAUCGCAUCUCAGUCGAAGCAUGGAGGUGUUGCAUGUUCAGAAGGCCCCGACUGAGCUAAAGGAAGCUGAAAACGACAGCAGCAAGGUCAGUUAUGUGGAUCUGCACGAGGUACGGGGAAGGAGGAGGACGGAAGGGCAAGCGUCUCUCUCCCCCGGGGAUCUGAGCAGUUUAUACGGCAGGCCAGACGGUGGUGGUGUACAGAGCAGUAGUAGCCGAGACUUCGGUCAUCUACCUUCUCUCUCGCCAAGGUGUGUUUCCCGCGAAUCAUAAAAUCAUAGAAUGGAAAUUUAGAAGUGAAAGUAUAUCAGUGGCUGGUUUGAAUGGCAAAUAUGAUUACAAAGCUAUGAUACGAUCAACUGUUCCAAUGACAACGAUGUAUUAGUAAAAGGUUUCUUCAAAUUAUCAAGUUUAAGAAAUGAAUAUUCUAAUAAUUGUCUAUUAUGUAAGAUGUGGUCUAUGAUAAGAUUAAUAACCAAUGGGAUCUUAAACAUUGAUUUAUUACUAUACGAUUUUGGUGUCUUCCAAACACCACCUUGGCUAUCGAUGUCUCAAAUUAAUUGGUAGAGAGAGUUGAAAUUUCUGACAAAUAUCAAAGUAAUACCAAUAUCACUAGAGGUUGAUUAAGGACAGUGAUAACCCCUCUUCAACCACAAAAUACAGCUGAAGUUAUUUUUCUCAGACGAAACAAUAUUGUAAAUAUGUAAUUAACCGAAGCCUUCCAAGGAUUUUUUUAAAGGUGUUUUUGUUGUUGUUCCAGAGAGCUUUUUAUUUGGAUAUCAUUGGUGUUUUUUUUUAAAGUGAGUCCAUCAUAGGACUCAACCAGAUGGGAAAGUAAUCUUCGUCACACGAAAUUUUAACUCCCUGGUAAAAUCACCCUUUCGAUCUCUUUAAAUAGGCUUUAGAUUGGCACACUACUUCAAAAUGUCUAACACCUUUGCUGCUAGGAAUUAUACCACCUUAUCACUUUAAAGAGUUUUGCACGAACACAGUCAGUCUGUUGUUAUUAUUGAGUAGUGAUUUAAAGAGAAUAUACCGUUAUCAUACUGCCUCCAUCUUGGUCAUGUUCCUCGUAUUGAAUAACAAUAAUGAAUGCUAUUUAUCAUUUUGCAAAUAGGA